UGAUUAGAGUCAUGUCGCAACUGAACUGUCAACAUGCUGUUCGGAAAUUGUUUGUUUUGCUGAAGCUUACCAUAUAAAUAAGUAUUUGAUCAACUUUGUGCUCUUAUGAGUCAGAUCUCGAGUCCACGAUGGCUGACGGUGCCAGUGUGGCUCCCAGCCCGUGUAAAAUGAAGGUGUUGCUGGGGUUACUGGCCGGGGCUGGAGCCACUUACGGGAUUUACAAACUAGUGACUGCAAGUAGGAAUCGAGCUAAUCAAUCCCGAAAUAUCGAUGUUGUAAAUGAACAUUGCUCAGGAAAAGAUGAAUCCACGAAAGCGGUUUUGCCUGGGAGUUUGCUGGAAAAAGUGUUCGAGUUUUCUUCGAUUCGUGGGAGAGAUGUUCGUACAGGCGAUGGUUCGUCGCGUGAAAUACUCUCAAAAACUCCUGGAAAGCUGGACCCACAGCAUCUAGAGAUGCUUCUUUCCCUGCUGCAGAGUAAUCCUGACACAUCUGAAAGAAUGCAAAUACUUGUCACUCUGGGCAACAGUGCAGCCUUCUCUGUGAACCAGGACUUUAUUCGUGAAACGGGCGGCCUUAAAAUCAUAGGAAACCUCUUGUCAGAUCCUGUGUUUGGCAUCCGAGUCCAGGCCUUAAAUGCUCUGAACAACUUGAGCAUGAAUGCCAAAAACCAGGAACAACUGAAGGAAUAUAUUCCAAAGGUACUGGAAAUGAUUGAGAUUUCUGCUGUGAAUUCAGAUAUACAGCUGGCUGCAUUAAGACUGUUGACUAACCUAUCGGUCACAAACGACUACCACCACAUGAUGAGGAACUCGAUUACUCUCUUUCUUUCGCUGUUGGUUGUAGGCAAUGAAGGAUUACAGACUCAGGUGCUCAAGGUACUGGUGAAUUUAUCUGCUAAUCCCGAGAUGGUGGACGAUAUCCUGAGAGCCCAGGCGCCAGCCUCUCUGGUCUUGUUGUUUGACAGCGGCACGGUCGCAGCCGUCCUCUGCCGAGUGCUGACCUUUGUGGGGAAUUUGACGAACUGGACGCCUUCCACUCCCACCAAGGAGGCUCUGAAACGCAGCAAAGACUCGCUGUACUCGGUGCUGUUUGGGGACUCCUCCCAGCUCCCCAGCAAACUGUCACUGCUCCUCUGUCACCCUGACACGGAGGUGACCGCGCAGGUGGCACGAUUUUUCACUUGACGUACACAUCACAUCGAAAAACCGCCCCUCUCAUUUCUACCUGGCCAACCAUUUGCCUUUCCACUGACGCUUGUGACAAGGUCUCCCAAAGACCAGGCUUUUAUCGGUGGUAUGUGGUGCUGGAGUUAAUUUUCAGUGCCUCUUAUUUAAAGAACUGUGUUUGCAAAGGAAAAUGGAAACAGUACAGGUAGUGGACGAAAAAAACUGGAAACACCAAUGUAAAGUCACUUAAGAGGGCAUUGGGCCACCAGCAAGGCCUGUUUGUGCUGUGGCAGAGAGUCUACAAGUGUCUGGAAUUCCCUGGGAGGGGUGCUGCACCAUUCUUCCAUGAGAAAGCGAUCCAUAAAGACACGAGAGAGGUUACAAACAUGAGGAGGCCAUUUGUUUUAUAGCAGUUAAUUGAUCCAAGGAUCUCUCCUAGCCAUCUCUUGAACAAAGCCAAAACAGUAAGUGUCUCAAAGUAUCGGCUUCAACCACAUGGCUGGGUAGCUUGUUCCAGAUUCCCACAACUCUCUGGGUAAAGAAGUGCUUCCUGUUCUUGCUUUUAAAUGCACUUGCAUGUAUUUAUCCCUGUGCCCCGUGGCUCGUGUGUCAAGAGUCUUGAAGAAAUCCUCUGGGAUGUGUAUGUCAAUUUGAGAGUUUCGAUAUUUGGAUCGGGUGGAAGUUUAUUGUGGAAUUAAUUUAAUGACAAAGGGAAAGCAAGCAUGUCUCAUGUUUCAGAUGUUUCUUGGUCCUUGGUUCUGUCAGCCUGUUGGUAUAGCACCUGGUUGGUGGAGGUGAGAUCCGUUGUCACGGGGACCAUUCCAGAAUAUCCCAUAAGUGAUUGACUGGGUUUAGAGCUGGUGACUGAGAAGGCCAUGAUGGUUGGAAAACAUCAGCCCAGGUGGCAAGACUUCCAUCAAGCUGUCGCUUUACAUUUCUACCAUCAUACUUUCCACUGAUGCUUGUGACAGGUUUUCCCAAAGACACAUCUGGCUUUUUUUUUGUGGUAGGUGGGGCUGGAAUUUAUUUUCAGCACCUUAUUAAGAACUGUUUGGAAAGGAAGACAAAAUGGAAACAUACAGGAACCACAGGAUGAGCACACCUGCUCUGUGGAUGAGGCACUGUACAUACAGGAAAGUAGCACUAAGUAGCGAUUAGCAUUAACCUUGUCUCUUAAGGGAUUGAGUGCACCUAAGCCAUGCCAGAAAACUGUUCCCCACAACAUUAAAUAACAACAAGGUUCCUUCUCUGUUGGACCCACGCACUCAGCCCUGUAGGUUUCUUUAGGCACAUUCACCUGUAUGUUUGUCGAGAACAUGGUGAAGGAUGAGCUCUUCACUAGUAAACCUGCAGGUGUGAUUUGCCUGGCGUGAUAAGUGGUUUGUUCACUGUAUCCUGCUCUGUAUAGUUCACCAUACAGUUUUUUGAUUAAACUAACCUGUUUUGCGGUGCACUUUGAAUGAAUGCAGGGAUAUCGCGAUCUUAGAGUAUGCAGUUCCACGCCCCUCCCGGUUGAUGAUGUCUUUCCAUGCUGACAUCACCUUAGAAUCAUGAACAUCAGCAAGCUGAGCGGUCUUGGUCAUUGAAGCUCCUGCCAAACUCUCCCUGCUAGUCACUCCUCUUUAAAAGUCACCGAGGUCUCGUUGCAGCCGUGCUAUUAUAGGCAGCCAGGCCUGGCCAGCAUUUUUAUAUAUGACUCCAUUUAUGCUGGGAUGUCAUUUGCUUAAUAAAAGCCACACCUGUGUGAUAGCCCUCUCCUUCAGUAUUCUUGGUAUCUCUCAUUGUUCCAGAUGUUUCUGUUGGUGUUGUCCACUACCUGUACUUGCAUGGUUUAAGAUCAUGAGCGCUCUGUUAUCAUUUUGCCUCGAGGGGCACUUGCACAUGGGGCAUCCUCACACCUCCGUCAGGUUUUUAUCCCAGGUGACCAUCAGCAUGAAGCACGGAGCCCUGUCCCCAGCUGUCUCAAACCGCUCUUCCA